AUGGCGGCGGAAAAAGCGAACUUCGAUUCUUCAUUCAACAACGACCACAGGGAGGAUGACAUAGAUCGAAUGGUUGGAGAUGUUUUAGAAGAUUCGUUUGAAGAAAUACCAGAAGCAACAGACGAAUUUUGGAAGCCUGUCAUCAGUGCUGACAGAAAUAUGAACAGACAGCAACAUGUUGAUGUUACGAAAUCGCCUAUGUAUUUGGAAACGGAGAAUAUUGGAAAACAAAGUGAGUAUCCUCUUCCGGCUCAUUCUGUUAUCGAUAAUAACUGUAGCUGUUUGGACGAAGGUGUCCCGUUAAUACAUCGUUCUAAAAGCGAAGACAUCCUUUGCAAGAACCAGUUUGACCAACAGGCUGCAUAUUACGAAUCAUAUCCCAUGCAGCAGAAUUAUGUUACAAUGCCAAACAAAAAGUCAAACCUUUCGGACUCAUUGCCUUCAUCAAACCUUUCGGACUCAUUGCCUUCAAUUGAGGGGAAGGAACCAAGCGAUAGAUUUUUGUUGGGUGAUAAGGGAUUUAAAAGUUUCUUUGACGAAUAUGAUAAGAAGCUAGACUGUCUUGAAAUCAAACACACUGCUAUAGAUGAUUCUUUCAGUGGCAUGCAGUCAAUUUUAAUGGAAUUUGAGAACUUUGUGUCAUUUAUUGAAAACCAGUAUGAAAGGCUUGAAACAAAUGAUACGAGGGCCGUUGACCCUAACGAUGACGCAAUCACCGCUACAGGAAAUGAAGACAAGGACGUAGAAAGUGAUAUUGAUGAAGAUGUUGAUACAAAAGACAUUGAUAAUAAAGAUCAAGAACAAGCCACUAUUGAGAAAGAUAUUGAUGUUCAGGUAGACAAAAGUGAACCUGGCCAUGACAGAGAAGAGCUUGACAAAUGUGUAGAUACCACCAUCACCACCGACACCACCAAACAUAUGUCUGUUGAAAAUGACGACAAAGCGAUAGAAGAAAAAGAAAAAAGCAACGAUGAUGAACACCUGAACAAAGAAAACGAAGAGAGACUUAACGAAAAUUGUAGUGAAGUGGAAAAACAACACAGCAAGGAAGAUGACGAAGACAAGCAAAGCGAAAAAGGUGAAUGUGACCCACUCUUGGAAGAAUCUGAUGACACAAGAUGUAAUCUGGCUGUAGACAUGCGUUCAUUCUUGAUGUGUCUAAAUUCAGCACUGCAGGAGAUGUUCUCGCGAUUCCAGGACUUCGUUAAUGAAGUCGGAGAAACUGUUCACUUGGGAGCUUUGGCCACACAACACUCACAGAGAAUGGAUUCCUGGGCGUCUCAUUUACAACGUUUAUACAACUCGCUGAAAACGGACCACAAUAAUAUGCAGGAAUACAUAGAACAAAAGGAGAAGGAUUGGGUCAAAAUAAGGAGCCAAUUACACGCCGAGCUGGAAACACAGAGCCACCAAAUACAGGAAGUCAUCACCGCCCUCAAACAACACGAGGAUAUCCGAAGGAAGGGUGAACGUCUGCUAAGUAAGAGAGUUGGCGACAGACUUCUACGGAAGUCCGAGCUCUGCAAGUCCCUCGACAAACUAGACAAUAAUUUGGUGGAUAUUCUUCAAAAGAGGCGAUGUGACCAAGAACAUGCAAUGGCUUUGGAUUUCUCCAGACAACUUAAGAUAGCGGAGCUGAAGAUGGUCCUGGUCAGACAACAGAGUUACAUUCAGAGACUCGAACUACAGAAUAAGGAGCUGGACGGUGUCCUUAGAGGGGUGCUCUUUGACCCCGACACAGAACAGUUCAGCGGAAACUACUUUGCACGGAACCCUUCACAAACUGGCGAGAGUUUUAACACCAUGACAGAUAUACUCCAUUGUGAUAAUGCUAGCUAUCUCCCCGGAAAGUCAACAGAUCCCGAUAUUGUAGGCUCACAGACAUUUGAUAUCGGUCCAAAACCGCAACGCCUUUCUGCAGAGAUGGAGAUGGUGUUUGACCCCAAAAUGCUGAAGUACAUGUGCCAAGAAACACUAGCAGCUAUUAAUUCCGACAUGGCCGAGAUAGGCUCUGGUGAAAAGGUCAAACAGGGAUGUGACCCGGAAAUGAUUCAAGCAAUUGAAGUCGAGGCGAAGGAUAUCAAUAACUCUCGUACUGAAAAAGAACCAACAAAGGCAAAAACGGAACCAACAGAACAUUCACCGGAGCCGGUCUUAGACCUGAACGGCAACAUUAAUCUUUCAUUGAUUUAG